AUGCGCUUUCUCGGACCCGCUGUUGCUCUCUUGAGCGCGGUCUCCCUCGUCUCCGCAGCACCUUCCCAGCGAACUGACUCUGGUCGAACAACAUGCUCAUGGAACUCUUCCCAAUACACCCCUCCUCCCGUCAUCAGUAGCAAGGGAAUCACAAACCUACAAUUGAUCGCUUUCAACGAGCUCUUCGAGGUCGCCUUUUUCAACGAGCUCAUCACCAACAUCACCGAGAAUGUUCAGGGAUAUCAUUUCUCAAACGCUGAUGACAAGAGUCUUGUCCUGGCCUCAUUGAAGGCCAUUCUCGCUCAAGAGGAACUUCAUGCGAUCCGCGCCAAUAGCGCGCUUUCACACUUUCACGUCAACCCCAUCGAACCGUGCCAAUACUAUUUUCCCGUGAAGGACUUCGACUCGGCCAUCGAACUCGCAAGCAAGUUCACCGAUGUUGUGCUCGGUACUCUACAGGACACGAUCGAGCGAUUUGCCUUGGGCCAUGACUACGAUCUUGCAAGGGAGAUUGCUUCAGUCGUGGCAAAUGAAGGCGAGCAGCAAGGAUGGUUCCGCAUGCAGCAAGGAAAGAUCCCUAGCGAACUCCCAUUUUUGACCACCGGCGACCUCAACUUUGCCUUCACCGCGAUCCAAAGCUUCACCUACCCCGGAAGCUGCCCAAACAUCAAUGAGAUCCCUCUGCGGACUUUCGAGUCACUCGAGAUUGUCACGCCUCCGGGUGCUAAGAGCCAAAACCUCACUUUCUCUUUCCAAGACAACUCCAAUGAGACCAGCCAGUUGUGGAUGACUUAUAUCAACCAGCAAAAUCUUCCCAUCGUCCGGAACAUUUCCUACAUCUCUCAUAGCGGGAACACCAUUACUGCGGAAGCGCUAUUCCCCUACGACGACCAUGAAUUGAACGGUCUUACCAUUGCGGCUGUGACUAAGAAAGACGGUCCUUUCGCGGAUGCCAAUGAGGUUGCCAAGUGGACCUUGGCCGGCCCGGGGUUGAUUAUUGUGAAUUGA